UUAUGUUAUAGGCCUAGGUAUUUUUAUUAUAGAUUUGUAUAGCUAUGUUUAUGUUUUAUGAGGUUGAGACGUGAUCUAGUAUAUCGAAGUAAAGAAUAGGAAUAAUCGAUAACCUAUUAGAAAAGGCUACCCAUUUGCGUUGACAGAAAAUACAUGCGAUGAAAUAGGCUAAUAUCACUGUUGGCAACUAUUAAUAAUAAUACGCUACGUAACGUAGCGUGUUAAAUGUGUUCGUGUUUUUAUUUUGCGGUGUAUUACCUUUUUCGUUUCAUUUGAUUUAACUCAAAAUAUGCUCCUAAUUGAAGCACGUGACAAGCUGCCACAUUUUACAGCUCGUACGCAAUCCCAGGGUAUGUGGUUGCCAUGGAUCCGUGGGUCACAUGCGUGGAUUUCCUGUAGCCAGAAGCAGCAGAAGAGAUGCUUGGACCAAAAAGAUCCACAGCCAUUUUAAUUUGCUAAUUCGCUCAUUUGGACGGUUUCAUGCGAUGUCUGAUACAUUGGAUAUUUUUGUUCUGUGUUUUUAAGGAGAUCGGACCACAUUCUGUCAUUUUUGCAGCAAACCGGCAUUUUGUCUCAUCCAUAGCUUGACAACAGGAAUGAGUAUAGAAAUCCCUGAAGGACUGACGGAGCUGUUACAGGGCUUUACCGUGGAAGUGUUGAGGAAUCAACCCAGGGAUUUGCUUGAAUUUGCCUUACAAUAUUUCACCCAACUGAAGGACAGCGAGACCAGAGGGGCCUCAUUUGGCAAUGACCAAAAUUCGGCCACAAGACCUGGCAAAGCGGUCAAUUUCAUUGACGAAGCGAUGCAGAUCGAUUCUGAAAACGGCGAAGAGGAUGAGGAUGACGAGGAAUUCAUAGCUCCGGUGAUUAACAGAUUCGUCAGGAGAGCUUCAGUGUGUGCUGAAGCAUUCAACCCUGAUGAUGAAGAGGAAGAGAAGGAGCCAAGGGUCACCCAUCCAAAAACAGACGAACAGAGACGGAGACUACAGGAGGCGUGCAGGAACAUUCUCCUGUUCAAGAACCUGGAGCCGGAAGAGAUCUCGCAGGUGUUGGAUGCCAUGUUUGAAAAGUUUGCCGUCAACGGAGAGCACAUCAUAGAUCAAUUUGACGACGGUGACAACUUCUACGUCAUUGAAAGUGGGACAUUUGACAUCUUCAUGGGGGUCGAGGGCAUUGAUAAGCUGGUGGGUUGCUAUGACAACCAAGGAAGCUUUGGGGAGUUGGCCUUGAUGUACAACACCCCCAGGGCGGCCACGAUAGUCGCAACUUCGCCCGGAGCCCUUUGGUGCCUGGAUCGUCUGACGUUCAGAAGGAUCAUCGUUAAUAAUAAAGCAAAAAAGAGAAGGCUCUACGAGGCAUUCAUCGAAACAUUACCGCUGCUUACAUCACUAGAGCUCUCAGAGAGAAUGAAGGUGGUGGAUGUGUUGUCCACCAAGGCCUACAUCGACGGAGAGCAGAUCAUCGCACAGGGUGAUCUAGCGGACUGCUUCUACAUUGUUGAAUCCGGCCAAGUCAGAAUUACCAUGAAGAGAAGUAGGACGAAAAAGGAGGACGGAGAAGAGGAACUUGACAUUGCCACGUGUUCGAGAGGCCAGUACUUCGGGGAGCUGGCACUUGUCACCAAUAAGCCCAGAGCAGCCUCAGCCUAUGCCGUUGGAAGCGUCAAAUGCUUGGCGAUGGACGUGCAGGCCUUCGAGAGGCUGCUGGGCCCAUGCAUGGACAUCAUGAAGAGAAACAUUGCAAACUACGAGGAGCAGCUGGCCACUCUGUUUGAUUGCAGCGUUGACAUUGAAGAACAAAAUGCAUAAGUCCACCCCCCCACCCCAUCGCCCCCCUACCCCGGUCACCUGUGACCACUUUAAAGGCCCUGUGAGGAGUUUACCGAUAUCUGCCAACCCAUUUUUGUGUUGAUAUUUUUAACAGUGCAAAUUACACCUUCAGUGUUAAAAGUUAACGAUUCUAAAUGUUUUGCCACAGGGUUGGAGUCAACAGACGAUUUACAGCAGAGCAGAAAAUAAAAAUAAAUAAAUGCAUACUCUGAUACAUUGGCUCAUCUUGCUUGCAGUUGUUACUUUGGUCUGCAAAACUAAUGCAGGAAGUAGCUCCCGGCAAAACGAAGUGAUGGAGACCGUUGAGAUGCAGUCUUAAUGCUAUUUGUUGUUUGUUUUUUUCAGACCCUCGUAGGAGCUUUAAAGCUAAUUCCUAAGGAGACAUGUAAAGACCCCACUUGAUCAACAUUUGUGUUUUAGAUUGCUAAUUUACACAUCAAGUUUUGCUUAAAUAUCCCAUAUAAGACAACGUGUGCUAUAAAGGAGUUUGUAAUGAAUUGUUCAAAGCAAAGAAUAUUGCCAACGCUUUUUAUUAUUUUUGCUCUAUGCUUGUAUUAGAUUACAUUUAAUACAAGUGUCACGUAGAAUGGGUAGGAUUUUAAGUGUGUGUUUUAUUUGUAAAAUGUUAGUUAAAAUACUUGUUUCAUGAUAGGACUUGUACAUCGCAAUGCACAUUGCACUGACCGCCUCCAUUUUGGAAGCGUAGGAACAUUGGAAUGUAUUAUAUUGGUAGUAAUGUUUCUUUGCUCAUUGUUUAGAAAUUAAAUGUGAAAUUAUUAUUUUUUUAAUAUGGGGAUACUUUUUUGUGCUUAAAACUGCAACCUUGUUUCUCCUGUGAGAUGUGUGGCAAAACAAAGUUGCCAUUAGCCUAGGUUACAGUAUAUCCCCGUUGAAGUAGGAUUUUUAAAUACAACAACUCUCUUGAGUCCUCUCAAUAUGCAUUCUGGUGUACAAGCCCUCUAGGGCAAUUCAUAUUAUCUCCCAAUGAUCAAUUUCACCUGUCCACAGUGUUAUAACUCAGCAUAAGUAUUAUACACUCGUUGUUAUAUUUAUGACUAUUAUUUGUGAACUUCACAUGCCAAAGGUAAUAUGUUACUGACUCAAACUGUUGAUUAACAGUUGUGUUGUGUUUUGUAAUUCUUGAACAGACUGACCCUAAAGGGAAUAUUGAAGCUUAGUUAUAUAGUUGGCAUAAGAACAGAAAUAAAAGGUUUGCUAUCAACUGAAGUAUAUAUGUCAGGGACAUAUUACAUUUGACUUGAAUAUAUUGUUUUUAUAUGCCAGUUUUCACAUUCACUUUGAACCAAAAGAGAAGAUACACAUCUCGAUGGUGCCAAUGCUCAACCCUGUUUAACAAUCAAUUGUCAUAAUCCAUACCAUUUUUUGGCUACCUUUUCCUAAACUGUAAAUUGUCGUUAAGUGUAUACUGGUAGCUAUUUGCUUUUGCACAAAACAAACUUCAAAGAUAGAGAUUUUGUUUUACAGUAAUACAUUGUGAACUAUGCCUUUAUUUUAAUAUAUGCUCCCACUAGUAAAUGUCUCAUCUUCUUUUUUGGAACUAUUAUUUAUUUAAUGUUUUCUUUCUGUGUGUGCCAAUGUAAUAUUUUAGUCACGUGUCAGUGAAAAAUAAGUUGUUAAUCCAUCUAGCGACAUUAAGAUUAUUUAAUGCUGUCUACCUCUGCAAACAACUAAUAUUUUGAAAUGCAUAUUUCAAUGUUCCUCCUCAGCAGACAACUUCAGUGAUAACUCUUGCCUUCAUUAUUUUUAAGGCAAUUACAGUAUUGCCUUUUUUUGCUGUUUACUGUAGCGUAACCUGUUUUUGAAAUAUUAUUCACACACGUUUAAUGUAGGCCUAUAAAUAAAAAAAAUGCUUAUCUUCCAAAUGUGCACAGUGUUUGUUAUUAUGAGUACCAUAGAAGACAAACUGAAACGUUGGCCAAUAUUAUGUUCCACUUUUCAUUCAAAUAAACAACUGUUUUAUA